AUGGCGCUGCUCCGUAGCAACGGAGCGUGGAUAUGUGGCGGCACGCUGAUCAACGAUCGAUACGUUCUUACGGCCGCACACUGUGUGAAAGAUACGACGGUUGAUUCCGUGCGCUUGGGAGAGUAUGACCUAUCCCAAACAACGGAUUGUGACCCGCGGGAGGAUGCCUGUGCUCCACCUCCGCAAGACAUUCGUAUCGAGCGUACCAUCAUUCACGAGCAAUACAGCGCUCGGCGCAAAAUGAACGAUAUCGCCCUACUACGGCUAGCCCGGGAUGCAACGAAGAACGAAAAUGUGAUACCUAUCUGCCUUCCGGUGACGCCCGAGCUGCAGCAGACGGCAAUUAAAUUUUUCUUCGUCGCCGGUUGGGGUACCACCGAAAAUCAAACUCAUUCCGAUGUACUGCUGUUCACUAAACUGGUUCUGGUACCGAAGGAUGAGUGCCAAACGGCGAUCGCGAAGGAGGAUCGCUACGUGAAAGUCGUCGACACCCAGAUAUGCGCAAGGGGCGAACAAAACCUUUCGGAUAAUUGCUCCGGCGACUCCGGUGGACCACUGAAGACGCUCAGCAACAAUGCACGCUUCGUGCAGUACGGAGUGGUGUCGUAUGGCUUGAGGACCUGCGGCAAACAGUCCGGCGUCGGCGUGUACACCAGAAUUGAGAGCUACAUCGACUGGAUUCUGGAUAAACUGGAGGACGUGUUCAAAGUGUGCUGCCCUAAGUCUUCGACGACUCCACCGGCGAGAGAGUGGCGAAGAAGAAUAGAUCUGCUCGAUCUGCAGGGUUGUGGCGUGUAUUCCGAGGAUCGAGUCGCGAUUACUGUGCUGUUCCAAUUUCCUUGGAUGGCGUUGCUACGUAGUUAUGGUUCGUGGAUUUGUGGCGGUACGCUGAUCAACGUUCGAUACGUGCUUACGGCCGCACAAUGUGUCAAAGAUACGACGAUCGAUAUUGUGCGGUUGGGUGAGUUCGAUCUCAACCAACCGAUCGAUUGCUUCCCGAGGGCAGAAUGUGCCCCGAUCCCGCAAGAUAUUGCCAUCGAGAGUACUAUCAUCCAUGAGGAAUACAGCGUCCGACGAAAAGUGAACGAUAUCGCGCUGCUACGGCUUGUCCAUGCAGCAACCGAGAACGAAAAUGUGAUCCCUAUCUGUCUUCCGGUGACGCCCGAAAUGGAGCCAGCAGUGGCGACAUAUUACGUAGCCGGAUGGGGUACUAGGGAAUAUAAAAAGCAUUCCAACGUACUGCAUCAUACAAAACUGAUCCUGGUACCGAAGGAUGAAUGCCAGAUGCAGAUACGCAAAGAGGAUCAUUUGGUACAAAUUUCCGAUACACAGGCGGUGGUAGAAAAAUACAACGAAUGCCACAAUGGAGACGCAUGCAUCGACAUUCGCCAGUGCGAUUUGUUUGGUCCACACCACACUGUACCUAGCAAAUGGACAGAAAGCCUUAAAAAUGAAUACCGCAGCCGAAUCUGCGAGCGUGAAUCAGUGCAGGGUGUGUUUGUUCAUAGAGUUUGCUGCCCCUCCAAACGGGGAAUAGAGCUGCUCGAUUUGGACGGGUGUGGUAUUAGCUCGGAAGAUCGAAUCUCAGGAGGAUAUACUGCAAGGCUGUUGCAGUUUCCUUGGAUGGCCUUGCUGCGUAGCAGCGGACUUUGGAUCUGUGGUGGGACGCUGAUCAACGAAAGAUAUGUCCUGACGGCGGCGCACUGCGUGAGAAAUAGAGAACUAGAUUACGUACGUCUGGGAGAGUUAGACCUCAACCAAACGAUCGACUGUGACGGGCUGGACGAUUUUUGUGCUGCCGAACCUCAAGAUAUUGCUGUCGAACGUGUUAUCAUGCACGAGGAAUACAAUAGUCGUCGAAAAGUGAACGAUAUCGCGCUGCUUCGUUUAGCCCAACCUGCCUUAUUGAAUGAUAGUGUCGUCCCAAUCUGUCUCCCAGUAACGCCUGCCAUGCAAACGGUACAUUCGACAUUCCUUGUGGCCGGUUGGGGAUCUACGGAAAAUGCACUGUUCUCCGACAAGCUCCGCUUCACUUUGGUGAACGUGAUGACCAAGGAUGAUUGUCUAAAGCGACUACAAGAAGAAGUCGGUAGCGUGCGCCUCUACGACACACAGGUGUGCGCCAUCGGUGCGAGGGCAUUGUCGGAUAACUGCGUCGGUGACUCUGGUGGACCGUUGAAAACCAUAAGCAAGAACGCCCGGAUCGUCCAGUACGGAGUGGUAUCGUUUGGUCUAGCGUCCUGCGGUAAAAAGUCAGCCCCGGGCGUGUACACUCGGGUGGAAAGCUAUAUCGAUUGGAUUUUAGGAAAAUUGGAGCCCUGAGGUAGCAUUUCACAAAGAAAACACUGGAUGAAGUUUUUUAAAGCGGAACAGUUUACCACAACGUCUCACUAUAGCUUGAACCGUUCAUUUCGAAGAUCAUCGCGUGAACGCUGCACAAUGCAAUCUACCGGUCUGGCGUUGUCACUGUUGGCGAUCGUCGCCUGCCAAACUGCUGCGGCAAUGUUCAACAGGUGCAGCAAUGGAGAUACUUGCAUCGACAUUCGUAACUGUGACCGUUUUGGUCCGUACCACACCGAGCCAAGCAAAUGGUCCGCUAUGCUCAAGGAAGACUUUCGAACACGGGUCUGCCAGCGGGAGUCAAUAAAUGGUGUGAAUGUUUUUAAAGUGUGUUGUCCACCCGCGAGAGGAUUAAAGACUAGACUAGACCUCCUUGAUCUAGAUCGAUGUGGUGCGUACUCAGAUGAUCGAAUCGCGUUCGGUAAAAAUGCAAGGCUUUUUCAAUUUCCCUGGAUGGCGUUGCUGCGUAGCCGUGGCCAUUGGAUCUGUGGCGGUACAUUGAUCAACGAACGAUAUGUCCUGACGGCAGCACACUGCGUGCACCAUAGGGCUAUUGACUACGUGCGUCUGGGAGAGUUGGAGCUGAACCAAGCGAUCGACUGCGACCUUCGGCAAGAGGUGUGUGCUCCCGAACCUCAGGACAUCACAGUCGAACGUGUCAUCAUCCAUGAGGAGUACAGCGUCCGGCGAAGGGUGAAUGACAUCGCGCUCUUACGGCUUGCCCGACCAGCAACUCUGCACGAAAGUGUCGUCCCAAUCUGUCUUCCGGUGGCGCCUGCGAUGCAGACGAAACUGUCCACUUACUACGUGGCCGGCUGGGGAUCGACACAGAAUGCCAUUUCCUCCAACAAGCUUCAGUUCACCGAAUUGAACCUAAUGCCCAACGAUGAAUGCCUAACGCGGCUGCACGAGGAAGACAAGUACAUGCGCCUCUUCGACACACAGGUGUGCGCCAUCGGUGCCAGGGCUCUGUCGGACAAUUGUGUCGGGGACUCCGGUGGACCGCUGAAAUCGGUGAGCGUUAGUGCGCGAUUCGUGCAGUACGGGGUUGUGUCUUAUGGAUUGAAUUCAUGCGGCAAGAAAUCAGCCCCGGGCGUGUACACCCGUGUGGAAAGCUACAUCGACUGGAUAUUAGAUAGGAAGCCUGAGUGUGUGCAACCGGUGUUCUGUCUGCAAACGGUCUCGGUGAUGCUGGAGGACCACUGCAAACAAUCAGCAAAAACGCCGGUCGCUAUCGCUACGUCCAGUACGGAAUUUUUGCGUAUGGGACAGCUUUCUGCGGCAAUGUGCGUUACCCUGGAACCGAAAUCAUCAAUCAAAUUCUCCUGUUUCCUGUAUCAACAAGAUGUGAAACCCAUCUGUCUGCCGGUUACGCCAGAACUGAAAGAAAAUGAGCCGUGGUAUAAAGUGACCAGCUGGGAUCAAACGGAAAACGGUAUGAUGUCUGGAAAACUGCAGAGUGCCGAAGUGAACUUGUUGCCGCAGGAUGCAUGCAACACAUGGAUUGCUCAGGUAGAUAAAUACAUUCGCAACACUAACACUCAAGUGUGUGCUUUGGGAGCGGCUAAUAUGUCCGAACACUGUCGAGGUGACUCCGGUGGACCCCUGCUAACAAGAACAGGUACUGGUUACUACGUCCAGUACGGAGUCAUUUCGUAUGGUUUAUUUUCCUGCGGGAAGGACCCUUUCCCUGGAAUCUAUACCCGAGUGGCAAGCUUCAUCGACUGGAUUUUGGAGAAUCUAGAAGAAUGCGAUGGAGACACCUGCAUCGAUAUUCGACAGUGCGACCGGUUUGGACCAUAUUACAACGAACCCGCCAAGUGGUCUCCUAGCAUUAGGGAAGAAUUUAAGAAUCGCUUUUGUCAACGGGAAUCAUCCAAUGGUGUCAAUGUCUACAAGGUUUGCUGCACCCAGCCUGCUGUGACCACGCCAGCCGGAAAGUUGACGCAAAGACUAGAUCUGCUCGACCUAGAGAAUUGUGGUCCGUAUUCGGAGGAUCGAAUCGCGUUUGGCAGUAACGCUAAGCUGUUCCAAUACCCUUGGAUGGCGCUGCUCCGUAGUCAGGGAAAAUGGAUCUGCGGUGGUUCACUGAUCAACGAUCGUUACGUCUUGACGGCGGCGCACUGUGUCAAGAGCAGAGACGAUUCUCAUAAUUUUUAUCGUCACAGUGAUUUCGUGCGCCUCGGGGAAUUUGAGCUGAAUCGGACAAUCGAUUGCGAUCUGCGGAACGAGGAGUGUGCCCCGGCCCCGCAAGACAUUGCCGUCGAGCGUGAUAUCAUGCACGAGGGUUACAGUGCGAGGCGGAAGCAGAACGACAUUGCACUGCUUCGCCUGGCUCGGGCAGCAACUUUGAAUGAAAAUGUGAAGCCGAUCUGUCUUCCUGUGGGAGACGCAUUGCAGACGAUCAUCCCCUCGUACUACGUUACCGGCUGGGGAUCCACCGAGAACAGUCUGUUCUCCAACAAACUGCAGUUCGCCGAACAGCAGCUGGUACCGCUGGACGAAUGCCAAACACAGCUCACCGAGGAGGACAAGCACGUGCGCCUUAUCGACACGCAGAUGUGCGCCAUCGGGGUGAAAAAUCUAUCGGAAAAUUGCAUCGGUGACUCGGGAGGGCCGCUCAAGUCGGUCAGCAUUAAUGCGCGUUACGUUCAGUACGGUGUGGUGUCGUUUGGACUAAAUUCCUGCGGCAAGAAGAGCGCCCCCGGCGUGUACACCCGUGUGGAGAGCUACAUGGACUGGAUUUUGAGCAAUCUAGAGGAUUGA